GCAACUUGCUUUGUUAUAGAAGGACCCAGAUAUGCUUUAGUGGAUUUGAUAAACUUCAAUUUGUAAUGUCAAAAAAUAUCUACGUUAUUGCUUGCUUUACUUUACUGUAUUUCUCCUUAUUUUGUGACCGUCAGAGUUUCUUUUCACUUUUCAGAAAACAGGGCAGUACUUGAAGGCUUGACAAAUGCAUCCCAGGUUGAAAAACUGCUGCAUUCCUCCUCCUCUUCCUCCUUUAGAAAAUUGACUUCUUUAAAGAGAAAUCAAAACAAGUAUGUUCUGAGACCAGAGUAGGUGAUUCCAAUCAUACAGUCUGGCUAUUUAAAGGCCAUUUAUCAUAGGACUUCCAUGAUGUAACCUAUAUAUCAAACCUAUAAGAGAGAAGCAAAAGUAAGAAAAUGCUGGGAUCAGAACGAGGUGUUGUGGAAGAAUGGCUGUCAGAAUUCAAGGCAUUACCUGAAACACAAAUUACCAGCUAUGCAGCUACAUUGCACCGAAAAAAAACACUGGUACCAGCUCUUUAUAAGGUCAUUCAAGACCCAAAUAAUGAGCUCCUGGAGCCUGUUUGCCACCAGCUCUUUGAACUUUAUCGUAGUUCUGAAGUUCGGCUCAAGAGAUUCACAUUGCAAUUUUUGCCAGAGUUGAUCUGGGUAUAUCUGCGUCUUACUGCCAGCAGGGAUAGGCAGAGUAAUGGUUGCAUUGAAGCAUUGCUGCUUGGCAUUUACAACUUGGAAAUUGCUGACAAAGAUGGAAACAACAAAGUUUUAUCUUUCACCAUCCCUUCAUUAUCGAAACCCUCAAUAUAUCAUGAGCCCUCUACUAUUGGAUCCAUGGCUUUAACUGAAGGAGCUCUAUGUCAGCAUGAUCUCAUCAGGGUAGUUUACAGUGAUCUUCAUCCUCAAAGAGAAACCUUCACAGCACAGAACCGGUUUGAGGUGCUGAGCUUUCUUAUGCUGUGCUACAAUUCUGCUAUUGUCUAUAUGCCUGCCUCUUCUUACCAAUCACUUUGUAGGAUGGGUUCCAGGCUGUGUGUGAGUGGAUUUCCACGGCAGCAUGAGAAACGCUGGAAAGAACACUGUGGCAGAGUGGUGUUAGACCCUGACUUCAUGGUGCAGCUGCUCACAGGUGUCUAUUACGCCAUAUAUAAUGGUCAGUGGGAUCUUGGCCAGGAGGUAUUGGAGGACAUCAUUUACAGAGCACAGCUUGAACUCUACUCACAGCCUCUGCUGGUUGCAAAUGCCAUGAAGAACUCGCUGCCUUUUGAUGCUCCUGAUGCAUCACAAGAAGGCCAGAAAGUACUGAAAGUAGAAGUUACUCCGACAGUGCCGAGGAUUUCUCGGACUGCUAUUACAACAGCUUCCAUCCGUCGUCAUCGCUGGAGAAGAGAAGAUGCUGAAGGUGUAAAUGGAAGAGAGGAAUCCGUGAACCUUAAUGAUGCUGAUGAAGGAUUUUCAUCAGGAGCUUCCCUCAGCAGCCAGCCAGUUGGGACCAAACCUCUAUCAUCUGUAUCCCAAAAGGGCAGCUUAAGGAAAACAGCAAGUGGGCGUUCUGCUAAGGAUAAGGAAACCUCUUCUGCAGCAAAAUCCAAUGAGAGCCCUCGAGAUUCAGUAGCUCGGAAGCAGUACAUGCACCAAUCCACUGACCUUGGUGCAGAUAUAAUUGAGAUGACACCUACUAAGAAACACCUCAGCCUGCCUGCUGGGCAGGUGGUGCCAAAAGCCAACAGUUUGAGCCUGAUCAGGACCGCCAGUGCUUCCUCCAGUAAAUCAUUUGACUAUGUGAAUGGCAGUCAAGCAGGCUCCAGCGUUGGAGCUGGUACAGAGGGUGUUACUAAUCUAGCAGCUGGCAACACCAAUCGGUUUUCAACUAUCAGCCUACAGGAGGACCGACUAGGCCAAGCUGGGGAAGGUAAAGAUCUCCUUCCCCCAGGAGCUCCCCUAACCAAGCAGUCUCGAUCUCCAAGUUUCAAUAUGCAGCUGAUAUCCCAGGUGUAACUUUGACUCCCUUCCUUAGGACUCCCUCUUUCCCCUUAAUCCCCAGGCAAGUUCGUCCUUAGGCAAAACAUGAACCAUCAUCCCGCAGUGUGAAAAUACUGACUGUUGUGAUCUUGUUUGAUUUGGUUUAGCUAUCAUACUGUAUUACUGAAACAGCAAUAAUUCUUCCCUUACCUUCAUCCCCCCCCCCCUUGUAAAUAUGGUUGUGAAGCAGUAUAUAAUGUACUGUAUGCCUUUUUCCAUGCCUUCCUUUCUCCUUGGGUGAUGUGCAAUCCAUCGUAGGCUGAUCAGUCCCAUUUCAACACUGUGAGACUGGAGACACCGGCGGAAAUGGUGAAUGUGAUCCCUAUGAGAUGAUGCUUUGGCUUUGUUAAGAAAUAGAAACGGGUUUGUUUUCUCGGUCUACAGUACUGCAAAGACUACUGGAUCAUGACUUUUCUUUCUCAGAACCAGGAGUGCCUCAGAGAUUCUAGUGUGACUUUGGACCUCUCUGAGUCUGUGCAAUCAAUUCUGGGGAGGGGAUUGUCAUUGCUGCUCCUGGCUGCCUACAGCACUUUUUUCAUUAAAAUGAGGGUAUGUUUUUCUUGCCUGCCCCCAGUCUUUCAUCCCAAAAGCUUUUGAUGUUCAGCAAGUGAGACAUGCAUAUUACCAAGUUGUUUUCCCUCAGAGAGAGGAUUCUAAGUAGAUAAUGUAGGUUACAAUGCACUUCUAAUGGCGUUGUAGCCAUAUGUAAUGUUACAUGUCUUCCCCUCCAGGGCACAGGGUCAUUCUGCAUAUAGACUAAAAUUUAAACAACACCAUGCUGUUAAAGCAAUUUGGUUUGUAAGUGGGAGGGAAACACUACUUUCCCAGGAACUAAUGGCUAGCUCUGCUCCAUUUUUGUUGUUGUUCUUGUGAGGUGCUGAUCACUGAAUUGAAAGGUGUAUUUGGGUAAAGAGUAUUUCUCAGGCUGCUU